AUGAACAGAGUAGCUGCAAGAAUGAAUCGUACUCUGACUGAAAAGGCGCGUGCAUUAUUGUUAGAUUCACAGCUUCCUAAAGAGCUUUGGGGCGAGGCCCUGCGAUAUGCGGUAUAUGUCACUAAUCGUAGUCCCACUGCUUCCCUUAAUGUUACACCGUUUGAAAUGUGGGAGGGAAGACGUCCUAAUGUGUCUAAUUUUAGAAUAUUUGGGUCAUCUGCAUAUGCCCAUAUUCCCCAAAAACUCCUAAUGAAGUUGGACCCUCGUGGUGUGAAAUUGAAAAUGGUUGGGUAUGCUCCGGGGGGAUACAGAUUAUGGGAUGCUAAUGAAAGGAAGAUACACAUAGAACGAAACGUAUUGUUUAGGGAAGAAACAUGUUCAGAGUCUCCUAAAACGAUUAGUAUUGACCUGGAGUCUAUCUCGAAUGGGAAGGAGAAGGAUGGUGGUAGCAGUCCUGAGAAAACCAAAACCCCUUUAAUUUCUGAUAAAACCCAAACCCAUGGUACUGAGAAAAUUUAA